AUGCAAUUCUCCACCCUUUUGACUCUUGGUCUCGCAGCUAUCAGCGGAGUCGCAGCUGCGCCUACCAGUUACUUCGAUGUGGAUAUUACUUUUAUCGGGGGCCCAGCAAGUUACAGUUUGACUGUUCCUGCAGAUGGACAAUUUCACGCAACCAACAACCCCCUCUCCAUCUCUCUCAUCCGCUCCUCCAACUUCGACGUCUAUAAUCUCUGCACCUUCUAUCAUGACAAUGCGGUUGCAUUAGUGAACAAUGGAGGGAUUGUUAGUGUGGGUCCUCCAACACCCAUCACUGGGGUGAGCUGCCAGGUGACAGACGAGAGGUGCAUUCCUAAUUAUAGCGAUUGCUACAGAAACGGACAAUUCCUCGGAUCAUGCUGUGAUGGAUUCUGUGCAGCGAACAAAUGUAGACCUUUCUCUGGGGUUUAA